CUUAGUGUAUGAUAAGAACAUGCUACCAACAACCUAAGUUUCCCCUAUUCUGACUUAGCCCAUCUUUGUAUCACGUGUGUACAGAGUGUGGAAAAGGGCUCGGAAAUUGAAGUAUGAUAUAUUUCGGGUUUUCAAGGAUUCUGUUAUGUAUUUUAUGACUGGUUGCCUCUGGGUGUGUGCAUGAUUUUCCGAGUUCACCAUGUCAUUGUUAGCAACACGGAGCAGGAUCUAAGCCAAACUGGAGCCGAUCUACAAGUUCGACGCCUGGCGAAACUGGUAAGCUAUUCUUUACAAUGGCGACUAUGAACUCAGAUGAACAUUCUGAUAAUUUACUUGUGAAUAAGAAGAUAAAAAGCGAGCCAAACCUUGGUCCUGAAUCCAACAUUAUGGAUUCAGUUCAAGAUGGUGGACAGAAAAACAUGAUGAAGUCUGAACCGACCGCGAACGAUGUGCCUCCAAAUUUAGACGGCCCUUCUAUGAAGUCUGAGAUGAAUGAUUUCUCACAAAAUAUGGGAGAUCAAAACAUAGCUAAUGAUAGUUUUAAUAGAAUGAAUGAAAAUAUGCCAAGUAGUCAAAUGUCUAAUUAUAAUAGCAGUUUUGUACGGGGGAACUACAUGCCAGAUCAACAUGGCGGACCUGGUUCAGGAAAUGCUGAUAUCAACUCGCAGAACAGUCCUUACAAUCAGUUUGGUCCACAAGGCAUGAGAACUGGCUAUCCUCCAUCUAGUAAAGGGCCUAUGAUGCCCAACAGACCGGGUAUGAGUGGGGCAGGCAUGAAUAUGAUGCCUCCAAACUACUCGCACGGACCACAACAAAGAUACAUGAGCGGACAGAGCAUAUCGCAACAAGGAGGACCCACACCGACUCUAAACCAGUUGCUACAAAAUUCCAGUUCGUCGCAACAGAGAUAUUCAAAUUUCAACGACUACGUGAGUUCACAGAACAGUAUGAAUAACGAUACCGUCGCGAACAUGUCGUUUUCUGGUGGACAAAACUGGGGAGGACAGCGACCACAAAUGUCUGGAAACUAUCCGAAUCCGAUGCAGCCAGGGAUGAGCAACAAUCCGGCAUUUCGGAACCAGCAGCGACCAAUAUUCGACCCAAACCAACGACGCCCCGGGAUGCCUCCUAACUACCCUCAGCAGCAGCAGGGCGGACCUGGGCCUUACGGCCCGGGCCAGCAGCAGUAUCCAGGUGCUAACUCGUCCCGGUUCCCAAGCACGAUGCAGCCGGGCCAACAACCAAAUCGGCCGGGCCAGAUCGGGAUGCCAAAUCAAAUGCCUGGUCAGUCCUUUGGACAGCAGGUACGUGCUAAGUUGGGUUCACAGUUCAAUCAACAGGCCUCGCAACAACCCUCAUUCGGCCAGCCGUCGCAGUCCUUUAUGCAGCAGACACCAAGUAGCCAGGCUCAGCCAGCGCCUGGCUCAGUCCCGACAUCAUCGCAACAGCCGAGCUCAGGGCUGUCGCGGUCAUCCACUCCUGUGUCCCAAACGACAUCUCCACCCCAGAACCAGUCAGCCUCUCAGAGCCCUGCUCAACAGUCCCACUUUAUGCAACAGCCGCAGCAGAAUCCGCAACCACUCAGUCCAUCUCAGGGUUUUGGUAAUGGUACGAGAAACCAAAAUAAGCAAGUCGUCAAUCAAGAUGGUGAUCUAGCGAAUAAAUCGAACGUCCCUUGUUAUAGAGUACAUCAAAACCAUAUAGAUGGCAAAAGUGAAAAGGAAUUACCAACAAAUGCUGAUGAUAUAAAUUCCGACUCAAAUAGUUCUGGUGGAGCAAGAAGUACGCCUACCUCGACCGCACCUCAACACCUUUCCGUCGGUGUGCUACGACCUUCGAGGUCACCGUCAGUUGGGUCAACUGGUUCAAGGUCGAAUACGCCGGCCUCGAUUACUGGUAAUCAAGCGGGGAGUCCGAUGCCCCCUCGUCCUCCUUCUAGUCAUGUUGAUGGACCUAACCAAAUGAAUCAAACACCGAUGGCAAAUCAAGGUUUUGGUGGGCAGAUGAUGCCGCCCCCUGGUGGACAUAAUCAGAUGAACUUUGGCGGUAAGAUGCAUCCCGGUAUGAUGCCUGGUCAGCAGAUGGCGCCUUAUUCCCAACAUAAUUCUCAAUUUCCUCAGCAAGGCAACUUUCCUCGGUCGCAGAGUCCAGGCGGCAUGCAAGGUUACGGAGGACAACAAAAUUCAUUCAGCAAUGCAAAUCAAAUGGGACCGAAUCAUAUGUUUCCAGGAGGAAUGGGAGGCAGUCGGAGCAUGCCGCCCGGAUAUCCGGGAAAUUCAUUCAACCAAAGUGGCAUGAACAGUAUGGGCAUGAACAACCAGUAUGGAAAUUUCAAUAGUCAUGGAUAUUCCGGAUCUGGGCCUGGCCCAAAUGGACCUAUGCCGAAUCAAAUGAAUUCUAUGAACUCGUCGCAUAUGAAUAAUGUAGGAUUGCACAAUCAAGGUGGCAUGCAGGAUAGUGCUUCGUCUGGUUUACCUAGCUCGCAAAGCGUUCAAAGUGGACGUAUACCAGGACAUUCUGGAAUGCCUAACAGUGGUGGACCUGGUAUGCCCAGUAACGUCAGUGGACCGGGUAUGCCCAGUAACAGUGGCCCGGGUAUGCAUAUGAAUAGCAGUGGCCCUGGUAUGCCUAGUAGCAGUAGUGGCCCAGGUAUGCAUAGUAACAGUGGGCCAGGAAUGUCUCAUAGUGGUCCAGUUAGCAGUAAUAGUGGUCCUGGUAUACCAGGAAGCAGUAAUGGUCCGGUUAUGUCGGGCAGUGGUGCACCAGGAAUGUCUGGUAGUGGUGGCCCUGGUAUGCCUUCGAAUGGCCCGAGUAUGCCAGGUAGUGGUGGUCCUGGUGUGCCCAUGAAUGGCCCGAGCAUGCCAGGAGCUGGCGGUCCAAUGCCAGGACAAAUGGGAAUGCAUGGACCAGGUGGAAUGAGCGGGCAGCGGAUGCCAGCUGAGGGCAUGCCGGGAAUGCCCGCGGCAAACACGGGCAUGCCCAACAACCAAAGAAUGCCGGGACCUGGUGGUAUCAAAGGUGCGCAAGCUGCUGCAGACGCGGCCUUGCAAGCAGCAGCAACUCUUGCACACAGACAGCAAUUCAGCCGGUCGCCAGGAAUGGGACAACAGUCGCCACGCAUGUUUACACCGCAACAGCAGCAGCAGCCAAACAUGAACUUUAAUUCGUCAAGUCAGAAUCCGGGUGUGAAUCAAGUCAUGCCUAACCAUAUGUCGGGUGGCCAGAUGCACACGUUGAAUCAGCUCCAGGCGCAGGUGAACAGCGUUGAUUCAGGGUCUCGGCCAACUCCGUCCACGACGCCGGUCCCCAACUGCAUGUCUGUGUCAUCGAGCGGUUCACCACUUACCAGUCAUAUGGAGCACUCUGGUGGAGAGAAUUCGAAUUCUGGCGAUGCUCUCGGUAACAUGUCUGUAUCGUCUACGUCAGUUACGCAGAGCAUCACGACACCUGUGACGAGUAUCGGCGACAUGCUGACCGCCACGACCCCGAUGAGCGCCAUCGCCGCCGAGCUCAUGAACCACGACAGCAACUCGUCGCAGUCUACGUUAGUUAUGGAGGACACUGGCGUCACUCAAGAAAAGGUCAAAAGGUUUCAGGAUGCGCUGUCGGCCUCUCACCCGCCGACGCCAAUCGCACCCUCGCCGGCCACUAGUAUGACAUCGUUCCCCGAUGAAUUGGAGAACAUCAGUAGCCCGAGCUGGCCGGGUACUCCGGUAAGCACCACUGACCGCCAUCAGAUCACACAUAAGAGCGGCAGUUUGACGGAGAUCUCGCGUCUCUACGAAAUGGGAGACGAACCAGACCGACGGGCAUUCCUGGAUCACUACCUUGCCUUCGUUGAAGAGAGGGGAGCACCCCUGAAUGCCAUCCCGACUAUAAGCAAACAGCCGGUGGAUCUAUUCAAGAUGUAUCUUGCUGUGAAGGAGCGGGGAGGAGUGUUAGAGGUCACAAAGGCCAAGAAGUGGAAAGAGAUCAGUCUGGCCAUCAACAUGGGUGGCUCAGCCAGCGCCGCCUAUACGUGUCGGAAGAACUACAUGAAGCACAUGCUGGCGACGGAAUGUAAACUUGACCGGGGUAAUUGUGACCCCGGGCCGAUUCUCGCUCAGCUUGAACAAGUGGUGCAGUCAAACAAGAAGGAGGGUAAAAAGAGUCGAGUACCCUCUCCAGCGAGUUCCCACUCCCAGAAUUCCCAAGAUGCAUUUCGUCCACCAAGUCUACCGAACACUCACAUGGAUCCAUUCGCAGCUGGGGGGCAACGUCCGCCCUCGAUGCCAAACGAUAUGGGCAUGGCACCUCACAUGGCUGGGCCACCAGGUCCAAUGGGCAUGAUGCCAAACUCGAAUAUGCCUAACAGCGGCGAGUGUGUCAGUGUACAGGAUCCGUUCUCCGAUGAUGCUGUAUCUAAUCAAUUCCCACGUGCAUCCAUGGGACCUCAAAUGCCGGGAUUCCCAAUGAAUCAACAGCCUCCACAGUCACAGCAAGGUCCAACACCGCCCACGCAGGGGCCAAAUAUGGGCAACAACUUCAUGUUUAAUAAUCGGACAAGUAUGAAUGCGGCCGCACCGCCCUAUUCCAGUUCUGGUCCGCAGCAGAUGAAUUCGUAUGGAAAUGCCAAUAACGCUUCUAGUCAAGGAGAACAAUUCAGUGGGGAAGGCUUCCCUAAUCGGCCGAUGGGCCCCAAUAACUUCCAGCAGCGGAUGCCGACCCCCGAGGGAUUCUCUGGACAGCCAGGCUAUGGCAAUAGGAUGCCAAACCAGCAAAGUCAAGGACAAUUCCCAUUCAGACCUGCUUUUGACAGAGAAAGAAUGGACCAGCAGAUGAUGCCAGGCCAAUCUCUGAAGCCAACUCCACCACCAUCCCAGGGCCCCAUGCCCCCAACCAGCAUGUCAAGUCAACCAAGCAACGAGCAGUUCCCCAAUCGUUUCGGUUCACCACAAGUGCGGCCACCACAAGAUAUGAAUCAACCUCAAUUCUCUGGGCCGAACCAGCCAGCAAAUUUCUCCGGACCACGACCGCCAUUUUCAGGCCCUGGUGGCGACGGUUACCAACAGUUUCCAAAUCAGCAGCCAACCAAUCAACCGCCAGCAGCCGCGUCUCCCAAUCUGCAAGGUCCGAUGUUCCCAGGCGGGCAGAAGCCGCCCAAUCAGCAACGAGAUAUGUUCAACGCAGCUCAGAAACGUUUCCCAGAUUUUGAAAAGAAAGAUGGCUACUCAGGUCCUCCUCCAGCCUAUAAUCGCGUUGGAUCGUAUCCUUCGUACUCCUCCGGUCCCCGGCCCGGCAUGAUGGGUCCCAUGGAUUCCACCCCAGGUCCAGAACAAGGCCGGUGGCCCCCACAGAUGCCACCCAGGUAUCCCAGCCAGCAUAGUGGACCGCCUUUCUCAAGCGGGCCUCCAGGAAUGAUGCCCAAUACCCCUAGUAUGCCCCACGCCGCCUCGUUCCCACCAAGGAACCAACGUAUGUCACCACAUCGAGAUAAAGGCUUUUCACCUGGAAAGAUGCAACCGCAGCAGCACAUGAGCGCCCAGUAUCACCCGCAAAAGAAAGAAAUCACAUUCCCGCCAGAGAGCAUCGAAGCUAUCCAACCUCUACUCGGCAAGAGGAAGAAAAUGACCUCAAAAGAUAUUGGUCCUGUCGAGGCGUGGCGUCUCAUGAUGGCACUGAAAUCUGGGAUGUUGGCUGAGUGCACAUGGGCACUGGAUACGUUGUCGGUGCUGCUUUAUGACGAUACGACCGUGGCGUACUUCGGCCUUGCAAAGAUGCCCGGGCUCGUGGAUUGUCUGAUCGAGCAUUUCCGGCAGUGUCUCAUCCGCGUUUUCGAUGGUGAAUUCAGCGAGCUCGAAGUUGGAUACGAAAAGGUUAAAUCACGCGAGGAGAGAGUCAAGGAGCGAUCGAAUAUGGAGCGAGCUGCUAAACGAUUGGCUGAGGAAAAGUCUCGGCGGGAGAAACGACGGGAGAACGCGGAGGAAUCAGAUUUGAAUGAGUUGAGUGAAAUGAACGAGGAUGAAGGUGCUACUGAGUGUCUAGAGGUGUUCAAGAUGCCGGAGAACUUGGACCAACCGGGCAAUUACACGCUUAUUACCAAGAAAGGAAAGGAGGUUAUUAUUGAGGAACAUUCCGUGAAUGAGGACUUGAUCUUAGAUGACAAGUCCUGGGACGUGCAUUCAGACUUUGAGAGUAGCGCAAAGUGGUGGGAUUAUGGCCGCGGUGAUAUGACCACGCAUUUAGUGACGCGGAUGGAGAGCCAGGAAACGAACAAUGUACUUCGCAGAGCAUUCUUUGGACCAAAAAAUUGUGAAUACUUAGACUCUGAAGCAGAUAGCCCUGUCGUGAAGAAAAGCCUGCCAAUAGCUGUCAUGCAGGAACUUGACACAGUGCUCAAUGCCUCAAUAGACACUACCAGCGAGAUAAAAACGGAACCAGUAGAGACUCCAGUGCUUGAAAGUGAAACUAAAAAUACCUCAGAAAAUUCAGAAAUUGAAAAAGUGACAAUAAAAAUGGAACCGAUGGACACUGAAGAAAGUGAAACCAAUUGUUCCGAUAUGCCAACGUUAGAGAAGGAGUCUGAGUCCUCGAAGGAGACUGAAUCCUUGAAGGAGGAGGAUUGUGCGAAUUUGGUCAAACAAGAGAACAUCAUCGAGACGGUGAAAUCCGAGGAGAAUGAUUCUAGUGAAAGCAAGACUGAGGCGUCUGCUGAGAAAUGCUCCAGUGUUGUGGAAAACGGUGAGGUAGUUUCUGACAACGCUGAAACAGUAGAUGACAACGCUGAAAAAGUAGAUGACGGUGCUGUAAAAACUGAAUUUGACGAAACCGAUGCUGCCGAAGUCAAGAGAGAGCCCUCUGGUGGUGAGGCGGGUAAUGAAAUUGUAGAGAAAAAAGUGGAUUAUUCAACCAAGUUAGAAAUUCUCGUACCAGAAGUUGAUCUCUCUUUCUGUAAUGAUAGCUUCUGCGGGGAUGACACACCCGAAGUGACACCUGGUGGCCUCAAGCGGAAACGUAAUGAGUACGAGGAGGAGUCAUAUCAUCGCGACGAGCCGCCACUGUAUAUGACGACGGCGGGUGAUGAGGAGAUCGCCAAGCGAUGCCUCUGCAUCUCAAACAUCUUCAGGAGUUUGUCGUUUGUGCCUGGCAACGAUGCUGAACUCGCCAAACACAAAGGACUAAUCUUCAUUCUUGGCAAGCUUUUAUUAUUACAUCACCGGCAUCCUGUGCGGUCGCGCGUCCCAGCCAGGUUCGAGCGUGACGACAUCGACUUGGAUGAUUUAGCCGAUGUGACGUUCGGACAGGAGGAAUGGUGGUGGAAACAUCUGACCAUGCUUCGCGAAAACACCAUGGUGAUCUUUGCCAACAUGGCUGGACAUUUGAACUUGGCCACAUACCCAGAAGACCUUUGUCUGCCGCUGUUGGAUGGUCUCCUUCAUUGGGCUGUCUGCCCUUCAUCUACUGCCCAAGACCCGUUCCCAAAUCUGCCCACUGCGUCCGUCCUUUCACCGCAUAGACUCAUUCUUGAAACUCUUUGUAAACUGUGCAUUCACGAAGCAAAUGUUGACUUAUUACUAGCCACGCCACCUUUCAGUCGCAUUGUGAACUUGUUCAGCAUACUAACCAAGCAUCUCUCCGACAAAAAGGACCAAGUGUUGCGCGAGUUUGCGAUCGUGUUACUAUCAUAUCUGGUGCAAGGAGAUUCGAGUGCUGCACGUGCCGUCGCGCUCCAACAUCCUAGUGUCUCUUUACUGUUAGACUUUGUGGAAACUGCCGAACAGAGCGCGAUGCAAGUGGCUAGCAUGCAUGGUGUGGAUAUGCUUCGCGGGAACCCGGACAUGAUGGGCACGAGUUUGGACAUGUUACGGCGAGCCGCCAUGACACUUCUUCAUAUAGCGCGCGUACCAGAGAACCGCAACUUCUUCAUCCAUAACCAGAGUCGUCUGUUAACACUAGUCCUGUCGCAGAUCUUGGACCAGCAUGUGGCCCAGAUCUUGGCAGACGUUUUGUACGAGUGCUCGCGGUCUGAUGAUACGCCGCCCCAAAUAUCAUAACUUCAUGUACAUGACACUUUUUUACUCGAGAAUGAAUGCUGUUGCUUUGUUGUGGGGGAUGUGAGUUUGUUACGCCAUUGAUAUAGUCAUGAGAAUAUGUCUUGUCAUUCACUUUCACAUUCGUUCAUGGAUCACUUAGCUAGGACUAUCUCUCCGUGAGUUUCUCUGGAAUAUCACGCCGAUGGAUUAGAAUGCGACUUGAUUAAACAUAAAGUUUAUAAUUCAUUUAGAAACGGGAUAAAUCAACCAAGUAUCUGAUUGGUGACAUCAAAUUGUUGACAGAAUAAAUCAUGAACUUUGGCCGAAAUUCAUGAAAUCAAAAUUUCUCAAUGGAUUAUAUUUUGUGAUUGCUGAGACUCGGAACCAAAUGUAAAAAUGGAUAGCUUUUUGAGCAUCACCUUGUACUAUAGUUCAUAGAACACUGGAUGUUGGACAGAAUUAACUAGAGAUGAAUUCACUAUGUCUCUUUAGGGUUAGGAAUCUAGUGAUAUCACAUGGUUGCUAUCUGGUGUUUACUUAAGCUACGGCCCUGGACCGGGUGGGAGCGAUAAAUGCAAAUAGUUUGCAGCACGAGGCGUCAUUCAGGGCAAGUGUGAUAUAUAGGUUAUUUAGCAUUGGAUGCAUUUAUGUGGGCAAUUGCUGUGUGCUCAAGACUUUGGAAGUCUUACUCGAGACUGAUUUGUACGAUUUAGUGACAUUUUCAUACACGGCAACCAGGAUUAAAGAGACUGUAAAUAGACAUGGAUUUCUACUCGCUGGCACCAGAUAAUGGUGUCUGGUCGCUGACUUCAUGAUGUCAUUCUUCAAUCUCCACACCAGGGGUCGUUUUCUUCAAGAGCAGGGUCCAUAUUUUGUCAAGUAGAGAGUUCGCUGUGUCUUUAUUUGGUGAGUUAGUAAAAGGUUGGGGUGAAUUUUACUUUGCGUUCACUCUAAAACAAGAAAUUCAUGUAUUCAAAACUUCAUCUCAGAUAUAGCUUUGUUUCUCUUUUCCAAUUAUUGUGAGGGUCAAUUCUGUCGGGCAUUGUAGUGGGAUUUCGUUAACUAUGGGGAGAGAGAAUGCUGUGUCCCUGGUUGUCUUUGCCUCUACCCCUGGUGUGUAGGUCGGUCAUUUUUGUUACCAGAACAGAAAGAUGUCACGAAUGUAUUUAGUUUCCGUAGUAUUCUAUAAAAGAUUAUCUUUGAUAUUAUAUUAUUCGUGCAAAUGCUUUAUAUCAUAUUCAUGUCUGGAUAAAAUGAGGAAAAAAAUAAAUGUACAUACAACAUGGUUAAAUAUAAA